AUGGCCUCUGCCGUCUCCUCUUUCACCCCUUGUAGUAGCAUGUGUGGCUGCUGCGAGUGUGGUUUAGUGGUGGGCACAGAAAGCUCCCAGCGUGGAAGUCUCCUGCUGCCGUGUCAGCACGUCCUACACAUGGGCUGCGUCGAAUUCAUUUGGCGGCGGGGCAAGGCCUUGAUGGGCAUGGAUAGCACCGACCUUCCUCAUAACGAAGAGGAAAGCAGCAAUGGGAAUGGAGACGGCGCGAACAGGGCGAGCUUGGCGCUCAGCAGCAAUGGCUGGGCACGUUGCACCAAUGGCUCCUGCGUCUGCCCAGCGUGCUUUACGCCGAUCACACGCAUUAUUCCGCUAUACCUGCGCGGGACGAACGACGAUGUUGGGGCCGACACGACGACUAAGGCACGGGCACCGUCCCAUGCCACCGCGGGAGCCCCAGCAACUACCGAGGCGGAGUACAGACGCGUGCACACGGCCCAGAAGCACGUGUUGCACCGCCUUCGCAGCCUCUGCGAUCAGAGGCGACGUGUGACGGAGCUAACACGGGCGUGCGCGAGCCUGCACGAGCAGCGCGCAAGGUGUCUCGCGGAGGUGGAGAGGGAGGAGCGCUGCUUUCCUGGUUUACUGCAGAGCAGCGGCCUCGCCAACGCGGAGGCGCGCCUCGGAUCGUCGAGCGCAAUGGUCUCGAAUACUACCGCUUCCCUUGCCAUAGAGCACAUGGGUGUGACGGAGCUCGAACUGUACAUGGCACAGGUCACACCUCAGCUGCUGCGCACGCAGGCUGAACUACGCAAGGAGCGGCAUCUGAUCGAGCGGCGCACAAAGAAGCUGAACGCCCUGCGCACGCACUACUACGCCACGAAGGAGCUGUACGCUCUUGACGGAGCCAUUGCGCAGCGAAGGGUCCACGCGUACCGUAACACCGCCGACGCAGCGCGACACCUCACGUCCGUCGGGUUGGUAACACGGCGGAGAGCCCCCUUGCACCUUAGCGAAGGGGCACCGUGCAGUCGGGAACCAGAAGCGUCUAGUAGCAGCGGCGCCCCCAGAGGCACUGAAAUUGGUUCCGCUCCAAGCCGAAAGCGCCACCGCGGUGACGCUGCGAUUGACGUGGAUGGUGAAGUCUCACCGGAUGUGGUGGAGGUGCUCUCUGGUGAAGAGAGCGAUGCGGAAGACAGCGGCUCUCCUGUGGGUGUGACGGUGCUCAACGUAGAUGAGGACACUGGAUCUGACGCCGAUGAUGGGGACAGAGGGGUUGAGGUGAACUUGGUGCCAAUGAGCGACGACGGCGCCUACGUUGAUGAGAGUGCGUACGAGGCACCUUACCUCAUACCGUGCUACGUUCGCCCCACCAACACGUCGUCGUCGGCCGCGGGCUCUGCCGCAGGACCAAAGGUACCAACAUCGGCCAUCACGCAGCAUCAUUUGCGUCUCCUCCCUCGCCGCGAAGAUCGACUGUGGCAGCCCAGUUUGCAGUUUUGA